CGAUCCAGAAGCUCGACUUCAUCGAAAACUCGACAGCCAUCCGCGUCGAGAAAGUAGCCUGUGAGACGCCCGGAAAGCAUCCCCCUUCUCUCCAAAUUUACGUGUGCCAAACUUGUCGACAAAAGAAAGAUAAAAUAUCGGUAUCCCGGUCGUUGAAGCUAAGUGUGGUCGGCAAGCACCCGUUGAGUUAGGCUAAACAGGAGCGCUCUGUCGAGACCUUCCCUCAAAGGCAGUUAUAGACGAUUACGGGUGGAACAAACACCGUCUCCGAAAUGUGCCAAGUUCACCGUUUGGCUGAACCCGUGUGGCAACAAGGAUGCUGCGUGUUGAUGGCGUUCUGUUUCAUGUUUCUCGCCGGAUAAUGUGGGACGAGGAUGAGAACCAUGAAAGGUCACGAAUGGCAUCUAGACCAGUACCAUUCGGAACCUUGUUCAGCCGUUUGUUUGCAUUGCCAUUCACAAUCGUCUUAUUCGUCGAGCAUCGCGGCAUAGCUAAUGCCGAUAUGGAGGCCCCCUGAUACUUCAGAUGAAACUCUUCGCGAGGAAACCUUCUUGGCCACACCUCACUCGAGAUGGCCCUGAAACUACAACCAUGGAAGCUAUGAUACAGCUCAAGCCAACCCUUCACUUGUAAAUGACUGUGGCGCCAUGGGUUCCAAGGUCUUGGAGAGUACAAGGAAAAAAGACCUGGGCCUAUUUUAAGCAUUUCAGACAUAAGUUAAUCGCGCGAUAGUAACAUUACCUUUCUUUCUCUUCAACAGCCAAUCUACAACGACGUCAAAGGUGGAACCUCUGCGAUGAUGUCUGCAGUUUACUUGAAAGCCACAUGGGCCCUUUUGCUCGCUGCGAUGCUCACUAGCGUCCAAUGUCUUCCGGGACCGACACACCUGAACUCAAGGGAGGAAAGCCCAGCGGAUGCAGCGAACAGAGUGCCACAGGGUAUCACUCCAGCCAAAGAUGGCUCUGUGAUUCUGGAUACGACGGAAACAGUAAAUGGCCUGAAGAUACGUUUUCGCAUCAGUGGGCCCGCCGGCGAGUUUACUACUGCCAGUAAAGUCCCUGGUGGCGGCAAGACAACCGGCGCCCAGGGAGACUUCGGACUCCAUGUCCUGCUCCACGGCGAUAGCGGCCAGUCGUUCUUUCAAAUGCCCAACCAGGGCGUCAAGAACAACCUGGCUGGAGUGGCCGUCCUAUCACCGGAUAGGAACCUCCACUGGGGAGGUGGACAGGGUCUGAAUCGUACUGACGGCGUGGCCCAUGCCAAAGCGGUCAACGACCUCGUCUUCCAGAUACUACCCAGGUAUAUGGCUUUCAACUCUUCAAACAUCUUCUUCACCGGAGUAUCGGGCGGCUCACUGAUGCUCUCCGGCUUCUUCAUCCCUGCCCAUAUCGGCAAUUUUGCCGGGAACGGAGUGCUGUUGGGUUGCGGUGCCAUGGAGCCUCAGGUGGAAGUAUCGCAGGCGUCCCGCGACGCCCUCAAAAAGACUCAUAUACACUACCAGUCCUCCCAGAAAGAGCUGGAUGACCUCCGCAACUCGAUCCCGGCUUCGAUCAAGGCCUACGAGAAGAUUGCCAAGGACAUGGGGAUGAAGACGGAAGAGAUCGACAAGCUUCAGACGGCAGAUAACAAGCCCGACGCGGAACACUGCCGAUUCGACGAGAAAGGGUUUGAUUCCGGCAUCCAGCUUAUUGUCGAUAACUACGGGGCCAUCAUGCAGGGUGGCAACGGCGAGGUUCCGGGGAUCGGCAACGUGCUGAAGGGGGUUUCGGGACAGGAGCUAAAGUUUGCGGGGACUGACGGCCGCUGAUUUUGGCCUUCGAACGCGUGUGGCUCGCAAAGCAAACCCUGAAAGACGCGAAUGAGAAGAGCCUUGGGAAAGUUGAAGCCAAUAGCAUAAUUUG